AUGACAGACGCUGACAAUGGCAAUCUUGAUGCUUUCAGAGACUGCCUGUUCUCACAUGUGGUGGAGAAGCUCACUGAGGGCACAAGGAAAGCAUCUAAGCGUUCCUCCAUAAGCAAGAAAGGCCAACAGAACCAGUCUGAACCAUCUGGCCCUGAUCCUUCUGAGCUGGCCGACUUUUCCAAUUACCUGGCCACCGAUAUCUUUGAGAGCUUGCCGGAGCCAUUCCAGGAGCUGUCCUAUCAUACACUGCAAAACGACGCUGUGCACGCGGACAAGUGGUCACUUCCACUGACUUUGACUGUCCUUGAAGAGCUUUGUGCUCAUUUUCCAGGAGACAUAAACGACAGCCUGACAGCAUACGGACUCAUCGAGCCUCCCAAAUCUGACAUCCAAUCCUUUAUGGCCCCGGUGCUCUCUGGAUACAUUUCUGCGGUGACAACUCCGCCGCCAAAAUGGUCAGAAACGAGGACAAAGGCUUGCGAGAUCUGCGAACGAGACUGGGUUCCGUUGACCUACCAUCAUUUAAUCCCAAAACAAAUCCAUGCCAAGGUGCUCAAGAGGAAUUGGCAUGAAGAACACCAGUUAAACAGCGUGGCAUGGCUGUGUCGAGCUUGUCACAGCUUCGUUCACCGGAUGGCCUCAAACGAAGAGCUCGCCCGAGAAUGGUACACGGUCGACUUGAUAUGCCAGAGAGAGGAUGUCCAGAAGUGGGCUCAAUGGGUCCGACGCGUUCGCUGGAAAAAGACUUGA